AUGAAGUCAGCCGUUGCAACUAUUCUAAGUUCAGUGGGUGGCGGAUGUACGUCGAUAGUGAUUUCAAUGAUAGCCACGAAGAAAUGUCAAGUGAACUUUCUCAUUGAUGGUCUUUUGGCUUCUCUUGUCUCAACAACAGCUCUGGCCACAUACCCUCUAAUGGAGCGUCUCGAAAUUGACGAUCCCGUUGGUGUGGUACCUGUCCAUGUGGUAGCGCCGAUGUGGGGCAUGUUAUGUGUGGGCAUUUUCGCAAAACAUGAUCCAAAUCAGAUCGAUCUGACUCGCGGUUUCAACGGGAUAUUGUAUGGAGGCGGAUUUUACUUGCUCGGAGUACAGGCGCUGGCCGUUGUGGCCACUACUGUAUGGUCGACUUUAACGUGUUUAACUUGUCUUUUUAUUUUGAGUCGAUCUCCGUUGGGCGUCAGGAUGACCAAAUAUGAGGAACAGAUCGGUGCUGAUUUGAUAGAGCAUGGACUGUCGGGCCAUAAUAUUGCUCGAUAUGCUAUUGAAAAGAAGCUUACGACUAAAUCGUUCACAAGCGUCAUGAAGGCGAUCAUACGUUGGAAAAAAUUGACUCGAGAGGCUCGUGCAAUUCGCCAACUGCGUUCGGUAUUGCCCGAAGCUCAAACUACGACCGUCCGGACAAGUAUAGCACCCACACCGUUACCUGAGGCCAACCAUACGAAUUCGAACAACGUUCAGGCUUCCGAUAUGACCGGUGUUCUCACAAUUCCGCGCCUGGACAAUGGCUGUAUGCUUGUGCAGAGAAACUUGAAACACUCACGGCGAACGUUGAGUUUUCAUAGUGACGGGGCCGAUCCGCUUUCGCAGAGGUCAUCAUGCAGAUCAACCAGAUCGAUGCAACAAGAUCCACUGGCAGUGCCUACUCCACGACAAUUCUCUUCAUUCAAGACACUAAUUCCUGAGCCAUCUGCGGAUUCUCAUAACACUCGAACAGAGAGACAUACUUCGAAAUCACCGUCGAUUGGGAUUCCGAUAUCAUGA